AUGGCUUCUUUCCAGGAUCGUGCUCAGCACGCCAUCGCUCAGCUUGACAAGGAGCUGUCCAAGUACCCCGUCCUGAAUAACCUGGAGCGACAGACCUCCGUCCCGAAGGUCUAUGUCAUUCUCGGCCUGGUCGGAGUGUACUUCUUCCUGGUCUUCUUCAACAUUGCGGGCGAGUUCCUCGUCAACCUUGCCGGCUUCCUCCUCCCCGGCUACUACUCCCUCGCCGCCCUCUUCACUUCGGGUACCACGGAUGACACCCAGUGGCUCACUUACUGGGUUGUGUUUUCCUUCCUGACCGUCAUUGAGAGCGCCAUCAACGCCGCCUACUGGUUCCCCUUCUACUACAUCUUCAAGUUCGUCCUCGUUCUGUGGAUGGCCCUUCCUCAGACCAACGGCGCCCAAAUUGUCUUCCACUCUUUCCUGCAGCCUCUGGUCGGCCGCUUCUUCUCCAGCACCGGCACCUCCGCCAACCUCCGUGCCCAGGCCGAGGCUGCCAGCAAGGCCCACUCCACCUGA